AUGGCUGCGGCGGCGGCGGCGGCCGGGGAGGGAGGAGUAGGAGGAGACAAAAGCGCGGGCGCCCUGUUGCGCAUCUUCGUGGGCGGGCUGGCGGAGAGAGUGGGCUCGGCCGACCUAGAGGCACUGUUCGCCUCCGCCGGGCGCGUCGCCGGCGUCGAGUUCGUGCGCACAAACGGACGCUGCUUUGCCUACGUAGACUUCCACUGCCCCAACGACAAGGCCCUCGCCAAGCUCUUCUCCACCUACAAUGGGUGCAAAUGGAAAGGAGGGAAGCUUAGGCUGGAGAAGGCCAAAGAGCACUACCUCACUCGCCUUAAACGAGAAUGGGAGCAGGAUGCGGCUGCAGCGGCGUCAAAGGAAGCUGCACUGAAAGGUAAUGCAGAGAACCAGAAGCCGAAACUAGACAAGGCUGCUUUGGAGGGCAUGAAGAUUAACAUCUACUUCCCAAAGCUGAGGAAGGUGAAAGCUUUGCCAUUGAAAGGCACAGGAAAGCAUAAAUACAGUUUCCGACAUAUUGAAGUUCCUUCUUAUCCAAUUCAUUUCUGUGACUGUGAGGAGCACUGUGGACCUCCUGAGGAAGCUAAUAAUGAAUAUGCUUCUGUUCUUAAUGCUGCUUCAUAUCAGAAGGAACGUAACAUUAUGAAUUCUGUGAUGAACAAGCUUUUUGAGAAGGAAAAUGAACAUCUUGAUUCAUGUGAAGUGGAGAAAUUUGAUGGUCAUACUGACACCAUUGAACCCUCCAAUGCUGUGAAUGACAUGCAAAUUAAAGAAACAGAAGAGGGUCCAGAGGAGGAUUUGGAUGACUUGCCAAUGGAAGAAACAGAAGAGUCUUCAGACGAAGAUUUGGAUGAUGACCUUAACUCACAGUUACAAAAGCGUCCAAGGAUUGAAGAGCCUUCCCUGCCGAAAAAGAGGCAGAAAUCUGAAGCCUCAUCUGAACCUAUAAAAAGGAAUGGAGAACAUGUUUCAGUUAUUUCAGACACUAGAACCGCAGGCAAGACUUUGCCUACAAAAUCAGAAGCCAGCCAAAAUGAACAAAAGUCUCUGGGUUUGAAAGGAAAAGGAACGUAUGAGUUUUCUUCGACACUCCCCAAAGAUAAAAGCUCUGCAGGUCCUCAAGGCAGUAUGGCUCUAGCAACUUCUACCAAAAAUGAAAGUGCACAAAAUAUUGGUUCUACUGAACCUAAAAAAGGUUAUUCAUGGACUCAGAAAUCAUCCUGGAAAGAUCUUGUAGGGGGCAUGGGGAGCACAUCUUUCAGCAUAUCACAGGUGUUGCCGAACAAUAAUUCAGCACCAGCAGUACAUUUAAAUGUUACUGAAACUGAGAGAUCUUCAAAAUCCUUGGAAGCUACAACGCAGCUCUCAUCUGAGCAGAGGUUGCCGAGUUCCAUGGGAAUGCUGUCUACCGGCACUACAGAUGAGUCAACAGACUAUGCCAUUGGUGGUCAGCCUAAGGAGAGCAAUAAGCCACAAAAGGUGCGGGUGGUCCCAAAGAUCACCAUUAGUGAAGUUUGCCCUUUCAUGAGAAACACAGAGUCACAAAGGCAAUGGUCAAAGGCAAAGAAAGUUAUAACUGGGUUCGCGAAGAAGAGAAACGAGAGCAGCACAGGAAAGGGAAAGCCAUCGAAUAAGCAAUAA